CGGCUUCCCGUGGCGCCGGGAAAUUCUUCCGCUGAGAGGAGAGUCGGGGGAGAGCGUAGUAGCAUCAGAUUGCUGAGACCUUCAAGAGUGCCCCAGAGGACAUAGAAAUGCGCAUGCGUUACUCAGGCUGGUGAUGGCGCAGGCUCCUUGGCGAGGUUUUCAGGCGAAAGAGGUAGCUUCGAAGCGAGUUGCGCAUGCGCGUUACUGUUGCCCAGCGUUCGAUGGAUUGGGUCUUCCGAAGAGUUAGAAGGAAAGAUUCUUUUCUGCGGAGUCUUGUGCUUUUGAAGCUCUCUGCGCUUCCUCCUUUGUUCCAUGAAUAGGAGUCCUAGACUCAAGCUGAAAAUGUUUGUCCUCUGGAUGAUGCGCCAUGUUUCCCAGACAGGGAUUCCGGUGUGCCUGAGUCUUACCCGACAUCUCAGCAGCACAGCCUCCAGAGCUUCCUACAAGUAUGUGAAUGCAAGGGAGGAGCCAACAGAUUGGAAAUCGGUCACUGACAAAGCUGCACAGACUCUCCUGUGGACAGAACUUAUCCGAGGUUUGGCUACAACCAUGAGUUAUGUAUUUCGAGAGCCUGCCACCAUCAACUAUCCUUUUGAGAAGGGCCCGUUGAGUCCACGAUUCCGUGGAGAGCAUGCCCUGCGCAGAUACCCAUCUGGAGAGGAGCGAUGCAUUGCUUGCAAGCUGUGUGAAGCGGUGUGCCCUGCUCAGGCAAUCACUAUUGAGGCAGAGACUCGAGCUGAUGGUAGCCGCAGGACCACUCGCUAUGACAUUGACAUGACCAAAUGCAUCUACUGUGGAUUCUGCCAGGAAGCCUGUCCUGUUGAUGCUAUUGUGGAGGGCCCCAACUUUGAAUUCUCCACUGAGACACAUGAAGAGCUUCUAUACAACAAAGAGAAGCUGCUCAACAAUGGAGACAAGUGGGAAGCUGAGAUUGCUGCUAACAUAGAAGCUGAUUACUUGUAUCGAUAACAGAACAUUUCCCUCGGCCUUUGCAUAUCCUUAUCAGCAUGCUCAUCCAGUCAAGUCUGUAAUAAAGGGCAUGCACUCA